CUGGACAGCCCGUAAAUGCUUGCGCAGGCGUGGGCGCGCGGGGGAGCGGUGGCGCCCUUGAUGACGCCAUUCAAUUGCCCCUCGGCCCACGCCUCCUCCCCCCACCUGCUGCUGCCGCGGCUGCUGCUGCUGCUCUCCUCCUCCUCUUAUAGCCUCCUCCCCUCCCGCCUCCGACGCCACUUCGCCUCGGACGCCUCCCCCUCCCCAGCCUCAGUUGACAGCACCAGACAGAGUUCUCAUACAUUUAUGGAGGUUGUUCGAGAAGUCUUUACACAUGGCUCGGCACAUGGUGCCCGUGCGGCUAUAAGAGCUGACCAGAAGAGUUACAGCCUUGUCCAGCUUAUUUCGUCUGCACUGGAUGUCCACAAUAUUUUGUGCAGAAAAAAUGAUGGUAAAGAUUCUUCUAUCAAUGGAACAAAUGGGACAGGAUUCCUUUGUGGUGCCCGUAUUGGCAUUGUGGCUAAACCCUCUCCUGAAUUUGUUGCUGGGAUAUUUGGAACCUGGCUUUCUGGUGGAGUUGCAGUACCCCUUGCACUUAGCUAUCCAGAAGUGGAGCUUCUGCAUGUCAUGAAUGACUCGGACAUUUCUAUGGUGUUAAGCACCAAGGAGCAUCAUGACAUUAUGGAAAGCAUCUCUACCAAAUGUUCCACUCGUUAUUCUCUUCUUCCACAUGUGGAAAGUAUACCUCCAAAGAUAGCCCAAGAAUCUUUAACUGGUGAAGUGAGUUCAUCAGUUUCUAGCUUAAUGGCUGAGAUAGACAGUUUAAAGAAAAUUAAAGGAGAUGAUCCCGCUCUUAUCCUUUACACAAGUGGCACAACUGGUAAACCGAAAGGAGUAGUCCACACUCAUAAGGGGAUACUUUCUCAGGUUCAAAUGCUGACAGAGGCAUGGGGUUAUCAAAGUGAAGAUCAGUUUCUCCACUGUCUUCCACUGCACCAUGUGCAUGGUCUUUUCAAUGCUCUAUUUGCGCCCCUCUAUUCAGGAUCAGUGGUUGAGUUUAUGCCAAAAUUCAGUGUGAGGGGAGUAUGGCAGAGAUGGUGUGAGUCAUAUCCCAAGGGCACCAGUAAAAAUGAUGAGGCUAUUACCGUAUUUACUGGAGUUCCAACAGUGUACACACGCCUACUGCAAGGGUACGAUAGUAUGAAUCCUGAUCAACAAUCUGCCUGUUCUUACGCUGCAAAGCAGCUGAGACUAAUGAUGUGUGGAUCCUCAGCACUCCCUUCUCCACUCAUGAAACGGUGGGAGGAAGUGACAUGCCACCGUCUUUUGGAACGCUAUGGCAUGACUGAGUUUGUCAUGGCACUGUCUAAUCCAUUGCAUGGUGCACGGAAAGAAGGUACAGUCGGUAAACCUCUUCCACGUGUUGAGGCCAAGAUCAUUAUGGAUGAUGGUACAGAAACUAAAGAUGGAGUCGGUGAGCUCUGUAUUAAAAGUCCAUCCCUUUUCAAAGAGUACUGGAAAAGACCAGAGGUUACUGCAGAAUCAUUUAUCGAUGGUGGGUUCUUCAAGACUGGUGAUACUGUAACUGUAGACGAGGAUGGAUAUUUUAUAAUUUUAGGGCGCACAAAUGCUGACAUCAUGAAAGUUGGUGGUUACAAGUUAUCAGCAUUAGAAAUUGAGGCGGUUCUGUUGGAGCACGACACUGUACUGGAGUGUGCUGUUCUUGGCUUGCCUGAUGAAGCUUAUGGGGAGGUUAUAUGUGCAAUAAUUGUGCCUAAGGAGGACGCAAGGGAAAGGGCCGAACAGGCUUCGAAGCCAGCACUGACCUUAGAAGCAUUGACAAGUUGGUCAAAAGAUAAACUUGCUCCAUACAAGAUUCCAACAAGACUGCACUUAUGGGAUUCUCUUCCUCGGAAUGCCAUGGGAAAGGUUAACAAGAAGGAGCUUAAGAAGUUAUUAGAGGUGUAGCCACGUUUACAUUGAUGUACCUAUUUUUCCGUCUCACCCUUCUACAGGGCUGACAUAUAGCAGUGUCAGCUAAUAAUUUUGUUCUAUUUGACAAUAAUGAUAAUUCGGAGCGAGUAUAGUAAAUGUGUAAGUAACUUUGAGACUUUUA